UCUCCAUCACGAGCCCUCAAGCCUAGAACCCUCAUCAAGCCCAAGCCCAAAGCCCUCAAGCCCAGAAGUCAUACACCUCGCUCACUCGCAGUCAGUCAAAGCGUCAGUCGUCGUGAGCCCAGGUCCAAGUGAGGCUCCGAGGCUCAGAUCCUCCGUUCCGCAGAUGGCAGCCGCGGCCACCGCCGCCGACGCCGCCUGCAUCCUCGUGGGCCCACCCGAGGCCCGCCACGCAGCGGCGCGGGCCACGGAUGAUGCCGCGCCGGCGCCGGCUGCUGCUGCGGCAGCGGCUCCGACGGGGGAGGCGUUCCUGGACCUGAUGGACGCCGGCUUCAACAAGCCCGCGGCGGGGCCGGGCGGGAAGGCGCUCACGGAGAACCUCUCCCCGACUUUCGCGUCCUCGGGGGACCCCUGCCUCGACUUCUUCUUCCACGUGGUGCCCGGCACGCCGGGGCCCUCCGUGGCGUCGCUCCUGGCGGCCGCCUGGGCGGCCGACCCGGCCACCGCGCUCCGCCUCGUGGCCAACCUCCGCGGCGUGCGCGGGAGCGGCAAGUCCGACCGCGAGGGCUUCUACGCCGCCGCGCUCUGGCUCCACGCGCGCCACCCGCGCACGCUGGCGCUCAACGCCGCCCCCGUCGCGGCGUUCGGGUACCUCAAGGACCUCCCCGAGCUGCUCCACCGCAUCGUGCACGGCGGGGCGUCCACCAGGACACCCGGCAGGAAGGCGCGCCUCGCCGCCCGGGGUGGGUACGUCGGCCGCCGCGGCCGGGGCAGCGUCGGCAGCCGCAGGCCGCGCCGCGGGGCCAACCCCACCCCGCGCGCCGGCUCAACCGAGGAACGCGUCGCGGCCAGCCUGGAGCGCGACCGGGGGCUCGCGGCCGCGGCCGCGGCGGCGCGGCGGGCCAGGAGAGCGGCGACCGCGGCGAGGGCGGUGGAGAUGUACAGCAACGAUCCCACCUACCGGUUCCUGCACGACCGCACGGCAGACCUCUUCGCCGGCCUACUCGCGGAGGACAUGCGCAAGCUCGCCGACGGCAAGGUCCGGGAGUUCUCGCUCGCCGCCAAGUGGUGCCCGUCUCUGGAUUCGUCCUACGACCGCUCCACCCUGCUCUGCGAGGCCGUCGCGCGGCGCCUCUUCCCCAAGGGCUCUUCGCCCGAGCUCGCCGCCGACCUCCCGGACGAGCACUACGCGUACCGCGCGCGCGAGCGGCUCCGAAAGGCGGCGCUCGUGCCGCUCCGCCGCGCGCUCAAGCUCCCCGAGGUCUUCAUCUCGGCGCGCGCGUGGGACUCGGUGGUGUACACGCGCGUGGCGUCCGUGGCCAUGAAGAACUACAAGGACCUCUUCCUCAAGCACGACGCCGACCGCUUCAACGCCUACCUCGCCGACGUCAAGUCCGGCAAGCAGCGGAUCGCCGCGGGCGCGCUGCUCCCGCACGAGAUCAUCGCCUCGCUCGGCGACGACGGCGAGAACGACGGCGGCGUGGCCGACCUGCAGUGGCAGCGCAUGGUCGACGACAUGCGCGCGCUCGGCAUGCUUACCAACUGCGUCGCCGUGUGCGACGUGUCCGGCAGCAUGUCCGGCAUCCCCAUGGACGUGUGCAUGGCGCUCGGCCUCCUCGUGUCCGAGCUCAGCGACGACCCCUGGCGCGGCCGCGUGAUCACCUUCAGCGAGCGGCCCCAGCUCCACCGGAUCACCGGCGACACCCUCUCCGAGAAGAUAAGCUUCAUCCGCACCAUGGACUGGGGCAUGAACACCAACUUCCAGGCGGUGUUCGACAAGAUCCUCGAGGUGGCCGUGGGCGCCCGGCUGGCGCCGGAGCGGAUGGUGCGGCGCGUGUUCGUGUUCAGCGACAUGGAGUUCGACCAGGCGUCGGCGCAGCCGUGGGAGACGGACUACGAGGCGAUCGUGCGCAAGUUCACGGAGGCCGGGUACGGCGCGGCCGUGCCGGAGGUGGUGUUCUGGAACCUGAGGGACUCCAAGGCCGUGCCGGUGGAGGCCGGGCAGAAGGGCGUGGCGCUCGUCAGCGGCUUCUCCAAGAACCUGCUCAAGCUGUUCCUCGAUGGCGGUGGCGUCGUCAGCCCCCGGGCCGUCAUGGAGAAGUCCAUCGCCGGGCCGGAGUACGACAAGCUCGCCGUCUUUGACUGAAGCCGAAGAAGCACAUCAAGAGACGGCAACACGUUGCUCAUGAAGAGCUGAGCGAGAGACAUGUAGAAAUCCAGCAUUUCCCACAAUGAGUUUUUUUUUUCAACUUUUGUUGGCUUGAUCCACAACUCAAGUGUGGGGCAAGUUUGUAAAGAAAUAAGCAUAGUUUGUUGAAUU